AUGAUUCUCUUCCAAGGUUUUCUGAUAGUAAUUAUAAAUCCUACUUUUGGAAUAUUACACAAAACGCUAUCAGUACCUUUAUCAUUUACUCCACUCCGAAGAAUCACGGUAAAACCAGACAAUGGAGAUGUGUACAUAGGUGGCAAGAACAUAAUUCUGCAUCUGGACAAAAAUUUUGAUGUAAAAAGCAACAAAACAAUAGGUCCCCGACAAGACAGCAAGCAGUGUGAUCCUGAAAAUGCUUGUAACUCUUUGCAGUUAACAGAUAAUUAUGUAGAAGUUCUAGAAUUCAUUCCAAAGCAAAGAAUGGUACUCAUGUGUGGAUCAGUUGAGCAAGGUCGUUGCAAAUUCCUGAAGAGUCACUCAAUAUCAUAUGACGAAGAAAAUUUUCUAAGAAAUACACAAAACUACGUUGGAAGUAGAAAUGGAACGAUAUUUGUACCAUACACUGAUGACAAGAAAGAUUACAACUAUUUUAUAGGCCGAAGUUGGGAUGGACGACCGAUGAAGUAUACUUUUCCAGAGUUUUCUUUCAUGGGAAUCCAUAAUAGAUCUGCUGACUUAAUCAAUAGAUGGGAAUUUCAGAAUACAACACUGUUUGCGUCAAUUGGAAUAUGUGAAAAAAAACGAGAAGAUACUUCAACUCAGUUUAUUUACGGUUUUCAAAAAAACCAUUUUGUCUUUAGCAUAUAUACCCAGGCAAGAAACGUAUCUUCCAGAAUGAUAUACCAAACUAAAAUGUCAAGGAUAUGCACGAGCGACAAAUAUAUGAGAUCUUUUAAUGAAAUUAUUCUGGAAUGCAAAGACCAUAAUAUUGCAACUGCUGCUUAUUAUAGUGAAGAAGCGGAGGAAACUGCGCUAUAUGUGGCAUUUGGUAUCAGCUUAGAUUCUGUUCAGCCUUCCAAAAAUGCUUCAGCGUCUGUUUGCAAAUUCACCCAGGGAGAAAUAGACAACAUGUUUAAUAAUUUGAUUACACAUUGUUAUAAUAACAGAGAUGCUCUAAGCCCACCUGAUUGGUCGACGUGUGGGGAAACACAAAAAUGUAACACUAGUGCAACAAUGCCCGUUGAUAGCUACUGCAGCUCGGAGAGACAUAUAAGGGAAGCACGUAAAACCAACCCUGGAAUACAGAGGUUAUCAGAACCCUACUUCAAUCCACAGGCUUUAAUUUACAAAGAAAGGAGGACAAUUUUCACGUCAGUGUUUUCACAUAGAAUCAAUUCAAAGACGAAUAUUUUGUGGAUUGGAACAAUUGAUGGUUACAUUCUUAAAGUAAAUAUUGCGGGGCGGCAUAGAGAAAGAAAACCGUAUUUAAAAUUUGAUCUGAGUCAGAACAGAAGACAGAGGAUUGAGCCUCAUCAUGUGGUGGAUCCAGUAGGCACGGCCCAUGUCAUAUUUUUACAUGGAAACAAGGCUUCAAGAUUUCCUUUGUAUUCUUGUCAUGUCCACACUACUUGCCGUACAUGUCUAACAAGUGGUGACCCACUCGGGUGUGGGUGGUGUAAAGAUUCGUGUGUGAUGAGGAGCGAGUGUAAUAGCACGUGGUACAACGACACAUGUCCGCCAUUUAUCAGCAGGGUGUAUCCUUUAAGUGGUCCAUUACAAGGCGGAACGAUAGUAACAAUUGAAGGGGAGAACUUUGCAGACGACCAAUUCACAAAUGUGACUAUUGGACAGGCUGUAUGCAACAUCGUCAACUCGACAAAUGUCAAAAUUAUAUGUAACACAAGUUCAGCAACAGAAGCCAGUGAGUACUUGGUAAAAGUGACGACAAACAGAAUGGGUGUCGUGAAACCGUCCGAGAUUCAAGUUUUCAAUUUUUCUUAUAAGAUACCAUUUCUAUCCGCAAGUCAUCCUGGAUCAGGGCCUCGUCAUGGAAAUACACUGAUAACUUUUAAUGGUGACAAUUUAGACAUCGGACUGAAAACUAUGAUAAUGAUUUCUAAUUUACAGUGUCAGAUCGUAAGUGAAACCAAAACACAAGUGCAGUGCAGAACAAGUGAAUGUAUAGACAUUCGAAAUAGCCAGAUCGAAGAGCCAAUGACUUGUAACGAAUGCUACCCAGUCAAAUUUGUAAUUGACAGUACCAUUUUAACAGAUGAAAAUGACACGUUUUGCUAUAGCGAAAAUCCAGAAAUUACUGCAAUAUCAAGGAAUAAAACAAUUGUAAGUGGAGGUCUCUCAUUGAUCAUCGAUGGAGUAAAUCUUAAUCAUGCAAAUUCAUACAAGUUUUACAUGAAUUUCACAAAUGGGAAACCGAUAGAAAAUGAUUGCCAUUUGUAUGGUGGAAAAGUCCUUUGUAAAACACCCGAUCUGUCCUCAAUGUCUACAGAAAUAACAAGUAAAGGUUUAAGGGCAAAAAUGGGUGUUUUACUGGAAGACGAUGGCCAUCACUGGCAUAUUUGGACCAGUAAAAAUCCUUACUUAAGCUAUAUGACUGUUUAUCCAGAUCCUUUGUUUGAAAAUUUUAACAGUACAGGGAAACGUGAGAUUCAUAUAGACGAGAAACUUUUCAAGUUGAAUGGGAAAAAUUUGAAUGUGGCGUUAAAACCCGAAGACUACAAUAUAGAGGUGCAGAAUGUUUUGUGUCCAGUGAAAGAACUAACAUCAACGUAUUUGAAAUGUGAUUUAACAGAGGCAAUCAAAAAGCAUGACUUACUGAAAAACAAAUUAUUACUGACAACAAUAAGGAUUAAUGUUGGUAACAUAAAAGUUACACUCGGUGAUGCUGCAUUUGAGCACCAUGUUCAACCCAUAACGCGUCCCCAUCUCUUCUUUAUGGCGGGACUGAUUGGCAUCUGUGUCAUUUUAGCCUUUACUAUUGGAGUUUGCAUGAAAUGUAAUCAUGUGGGUCCUUUUCAAAGAAAGCGUGUCUCAUAUGAUGCAACUGUAAAUUUCCGUUCUGAAAGUGCAAACCAACCAAUUACAGAGGCGUUUUUACCGCCAGAAACUGACCCCGACAGUACAACUACUGCCAAACCUAAUGAUUAUGUAGAUGGGAAGCAUAUUACGGAGAUUGGGGCCGUAGGAGGAUAUGAUACGGACCUGAUAGAAGACAUGGUCUCUGUCAUGAAAAGACAGAAUCUUUUGAUUGAUGGAGACUGUUUAAGGCUUGGGACUCACUUAGGAAGAGGAAAUUUUGGUUGUGUAUACAAAGGAUUUUUGAAAAGACCUGACGAAAAGUUUGAAAUGGUUGUGGCAGUGAAGACUAUAAUCCGCUCGGGGGCCAUUGAUGUGAAUGCUUUCUUGAAUGAAGCUCUGAUUAUGAAAGAUUUUGAUCAUCCCAAUGUGUUAACUUUGAUUGGAAUCACAAUGGACAAAGGGGAAUUCCCUAUGGUUAUACUACCAUUCAUGCAUAAUGGAGCUCUGUUAACAUAUAUCAGGGAUGAAGAGAAUAUGCCGACGGUGAAGAUGCUGGUCAUGUAUGGUUUAGACAUUGCUCAGGGAAUGGAGUAUCUUGCAAAUAGGAAAUUUGUUCACAGAGAUUUGGCGGCAAGAAAUUGCAUGAUUGACAAAGAUUUUGCAGUAAAAGUGGCAGAUUUUGGUCUCUCUCGCGACAUAUAUUCCAAGGAAUACUACAGUUGUGAAAACAGACAAAAGUUACCAGUCAAGUGGAUGGCACCAGAAAGUUUAGAACAGGGGCGAUACUCCUCAAAAUCCGACGUGUGGUCCUUUGGUGUUGUAUUGUGGGAACUCAUGACUAGAGGAGCCCAGCCUUAUCCAGAGGUCGACAACUGGGAUAUGUCCAUCUACCUCAAAAGUGGACGACGGCUGCUAAGGCCAGAAUAUUGUCCCAUGAUGUUAUACCGGGUCAUGCUGAAGUGUUGGUUAGAAAAUCCCGCCAACAGGCCAUCUUUUCAGGAUCUUGCAGAUGAUAUCAUGCGUCUGAUAGAAGCCAAAGAUAAAUCGUACUCACUGGUGGACACAAAAGUCGAUUUGGAAAGAUGUAAUAAUUACCAUUAUAUGGAUCAUCAGAGUUUAGCCCGCCAACGCAGCCUAAGUGCUAAACGCUCAGUUUCAUCAGAUGAUGCACCGCUUUUGUAGUAGCUAGUGACAUGAAAAGAUCCAAAGAAAGAAAUUCUAUUGGCGACUUGAAUGACCUCCAAUUCAGGAAAGUGUUUUGUCGGUCAAAACGAAUGUUUUAUACACAUGGAUGUAUUUUUCUACUUAGUGUAUUACUUUCACUGAUUUCUGAACAAAUGGAGUGUUUGGAAGCAUUCAGUCAAAAUAAUUUCUAUUCUGUUUGUUUUGUGAGAGAAGAAGCGUGGGGUAUUUGGUAAAAACCAAAUUCCAGAGAACAAAAUAAGAAAUCUGUUCCAAGAUGCAAUUUACAA